UGUGAGAGAACAUCCAUUUUUUGACACUAGCUGACAGAUAUUGGUCGAUAAUUCCCGUAUAUUUGUUCGUAAAUCCUACAUAAACGAGCAAAAUGGGCUUCACAAUUUGCGGCCCUAAACUGUCCCUAUGUGGGCUUGUAUUGAGUGUGUGGGGGAUCAUCCAGUUGACUCUGAUGGGCGUUUUCUAUUAUAUCAGAGCAGUAGCCUUGUUGGAGGAUCUUCCCCUAGAAGAGGGAACUCAUAGUAGCAUUGAACAUUUCAUCACAGAAGUGGAAACUGGAUAUGAUCAGAAUGCCUACAACUGCUGGAUUGCGGCUCUGCUCUACGUAAUCACGCUGGUGAUUUCUGGACACCAAUUCUGGAUGAACAACCGUUCCUCAGUUAGCAUGUAAAUUCAAUAUUGGUAUGAAAGUGUUAACGCUGAUGUUUCUAUAGUUCACAUUGGUAACAGACAUAACUGUAAUAGUGAAUUCUAGAAAUACAGCCAUGUGUUGCAAAUCUGCUCUUAGCAACUCCAUUCCAUUAAUAAUUUAUUGAAUGAGUAUUUGAAUCUUGUAAACAUAGUCAAGAGGUGUAGAAAAAGACUCAUUUUGAAAUGUUUUACAAUUCAUAAACACCCUUGGUGUGAGAGCAUUAUUCUUACCACCAAAUUAUAAUAGCAUAAUUUCUAAUGAAUAUGAUUGAUAAGUGGAAAUGGUCUCUUGUUUUAUUGAAAAUGUUCUAUUGUACAGUCUCAAACACUUUACAAUUAUAAUUUAUGAAGUAAUUUAUUUAAUACAGAAAAUUUAAAAGAAAAUCCACUAUUCGAAAUCAUUGUAAUCAACAUGGCAAACUUGUGGAAUUUCUUUAUAAUAGGUAUUAUUACUCCUUAUUGCUGUUAAAUUGUACAUAACGAAUAUCCAUUGCACAUUAUGAAAUGCUUAGUUUUUCUUGAAUAAAGAUAUUAAUGUUAGA